AUGAUUCUCUCCGAUCAAAACUUUUUACAGACCCAAUGGAAAGAGCCACAGACGGCACAAUCAAAGAAUACGGAAUCGAAAUGCGAAUUCCAUGGAAACUCGAAUGAGGUGAAGCCGAUUGGCAGUCUCAACGGACAGUCGAUCGCUCAAUGCCGUAUUCACACUGAAAAGACGGUUCCAAUUGUGAAGGGCGGUGAACAGGCGAGGAUGGAGGAGAACGAGAUCUACGCGAUUGAGACGUUCGGAUCUACGGGAAAAGGAUAUUUUCAUGAUGAUAUGGAAACAUCGCAUUAUAUGAAGAAUUUUGAGCUCGCCGACGAGAAAAUUCCACUUCGCUUGCAAAAAUCGAAGGGUCUUCUCAACUUGAUCGACAAGAAUUUCGCCACGCUGGCUUUCUGCCGUUGUUGGAUUGAUCGGCUUGGAGAGACCAAGUACUUGAUGGCUCUCAAAGACCGCUGGAUGGCUAUGGUUGGAGCUUGUAUACUACAAAGCUUUGCGGGAAAAAUUAUCGGCAAACGUGCAAACCUGCUUCUCAAUUUGAUAAUUUAA